AUGACCGUUGAAGAUGAAAGGAACAUUACGUCAGCCCUAUACGGGUCGUAUAGGCCUAUACGACCCACAUUGGUCUGUGAAUUUGCAUUUUUCUUGGCCUUUAUAAACGAGGAAGAUGAAGAAGAUUCACAAAAUUCAUUCCCUUCUCGCCGUUUUUUCUUUAUAUUCGAUUCCACCAUGUUUUGGCUCAACCUUAAUUACAUUUUCGGCGAGUCAUCUGACACAAACACGAGCACGUUUAUUCCGGGAAGCAGUGUGAUUGAUAUGGUUGACGUUGUCGGGCGAGGGCGAGGGCGAGGUCGGGGCCGGGGUGGUGGAAGUGGAGGUGGCGGAGGUGGAGGUGGAGGUCGAGGUGGAGGCGGAAGCGGAGGGCGUGGUAGAGAUGGCGGUGUUGAGCGGGAGCGGGGUGGAGGUGGUGGAGGAUGUGCGGGGCUAGGGGCUGGUGGUAGUGGACGUGGGUGUAGACGGGGGCAUGGGAGCGGUGGCCCAGAUGUUGACUCGUUGCUAGAUAAUCCUUAUCUAGCGUUCUAG